CCAAUUGGACCGCGCGGGCGCGCACGACGCCUCGCGCCUCGAAAACAAGAGCCCGAGCGGGCGGCCAAAGCGUACAGGAAGAGGAACCGGUCACGAGCCAGUCACGAUAGUAUAAACCGGAUAGCGGGUGGCCUGGCCGCGCCAGCAGGCGGGCGUCAGCGACUCCCUCCAGUUGCUGUGGUGGUGCGCGCGAAGCGAGGGAUGGAGGUGCGGGUGCGGCCGCGGCGCGGAGUGACGCUGGCCGAGCAGCUCGCCGCGUCGUCCAACCUCCGGGACCUCCUCAAGCUGCGCGACGGCGACGGCCAGGGCGAACGCGCGGCGGGGAGGCGCCGCACGCUGCUCGACGUCAUCCGCGACGCGGACGGGGACCGCGCUCCGGCCGCCGCGUCCGCACGCCGCGGCGUCGUCUGCCCCGCGACGGGACGCGCGGCCGCCGCGGAGCCGGCGCCGGAGGCCGCGCGGGGGGAGAGGGUGUCCCUUAUGGCGCUGCUGGAGCGGACGGAGCAGCAGUGGGCGGCCCGCGCCGCCGGCGGGCACUGGAAGCGCGUGGACGCGGAGGACGACGACGCACCGGAGAAGGACAAGGAGAAGGGCGGCGGCGGGGGCGGGGGCGUGGGUGGGCGGUGCUGCGUGUGCGUGGCGCGGGGCAAAGGCGCGGCCUUCAUCCCCUGCGGCCACACCUUCUGCCGCGCCUGCGCCCGCGAGCUCCGCGCCGGCCGCGGCCGCUGCCCGCUCUGCAACGCCACCAUCCGCGAGGUCCUCAAUCUCUUCUGACCCGCCGCCACCGGCGACGGCUGUUCGUUCUCCCCACAAGAAGUCAUCUUCCCAUCGUUUUCGCACCGGAUUCAUGCUCCAAUCUUGAAGCCGAUUACCCAACCAUUCCUUUGAUCACAGAAACCAUGCAGUGUACAUAGUUUUUUUUUUCUGUUUCGUUCUUGCUCUUUCUCCUCCUCGGAACCGAAGAUAGAUUCAACAGGACACUUGUACUACAUCGUAGUGGAUGCAGCAUUCAUGUAUCAAAAUUCAAUGAGGCUUUUACCUCCAUACCAUUAUAAAAGAUGAAUGUUACCUC